GUUUUGUGAGUUAAAUAAUAAGAGCUUCUGGUUUUUGCACCAGUCACUCAUAAUUAUAUCCUGAUUUGGGGUGCGAGUGUUGGCAACCGUGAGUAAGCCGUAAGAGGUCGUUUCGGUUUGAAUUUGUUUGGAAUUGUCGGUUACGGCAUGUGCAACUUCACGGUCGACGUACAAAUUUUAAGUGUUUAACAGCAAUGGUAAAGGAAUGGCAUCGCCUCAUUCUGAAAUGGCUCAACUGCUUUGGGGUAGGUUCAGUCAAAAAUAUUCAGGACAUCAAGGAUUUGAACUUUGUGGCUGCUUUGACUUCACACUCCUUCCAAACAGAUGAAGAUUCCUUCUCACAAUUGUUGUCGUAUUUGCAAAGUCUAUAUCCUCAAUAUGAUGAGAAGCUUGCUGACCCCACAGACACAUGCUGGGACAUGGAGGAAGAAUUAUUUCUUCUUUCUUCCCUUCUACUCCUACAUGCAUCUAUCUAUCAACCUUGUAAAACUCUCCAACAAAAUGCAGCUAAAAAUUUAGAUGAAAAUGAUCAACAGUUACUGGUAUCUUUCCUGGAAAAGGUCAUGGAUUACGGAAAACAGCUGAAGCGAAGUGAACUAUUGUUGUGCACUCCUUCUGGUCAAGUACGGACAUCUUUCAGUUCCAAUUCAACACCAAAGUCUCCUGUGUCUAAUACCCUUAAGAGAACUAGUGGUGGUCUGGCAGAUUUUCUUUCAUCUCCUGUAGUCAAACGGAAAUCUGGACUUUUUAGAGAUCGCAUAAGUUCAUUGCAGAUUGACCUGGAACAGGAACAAGCAGAAAAAAUAGAGUUGCAACAAAAGGUUGAGCAUCAAGAUAGUCAGAUCGUUGAAUUAGUGAGGAAGCUAAAGGAAAAAUCAAAUGAACUAGAAUCUCUCCAGGAGAGUUUCAAAAAUGCUGAGGUCGCUCUUAGUGAAGAGACUGGAGAUCAGAGGGCUGAAAGGCGUAAACUGCAACAACAACUAAAUGACUCAGAAAGUUACGUGAAGCAAUUGGAGGAGGAAAUAGGAAUAUUGCGGACUUCUCAAGAGGAUGUUACUCAUAAGCUGUCAAUGACUGAGAAAAUGUAUUCAGAAAUGGAAGCCAUUUUAUCUUCUACCAGAGAAGAAAUUUGUGAACUGAAAGAGCAGCUACAAAAAGAAAGAGAUGAGAAUAUAGAGCUCACUCACCAGUGUUCGAAGUUUGAAAGAGACCUUAAUCAAGUGCACCUAUCAAAGAUGCUUUCACCACAAAGACAAGUUCUUGACAGCCCUGUCCGUACACCCGCAGGCUCACCAGCUCCGGAGAGUCUGGGCUUUAUUGUGGAAAGACAAAUGAUUCAGAAAGAAAAUGAAAAUGAAGAACUGCAUAGCACUUUGAAAGAAACAGAAAAAGAGCUGAAAAGAUUGAAAGAAGAAUAUCAGGUGCUGGAGGAGAAAGCAUCAAAUGAAAAUGAAUGUGCUUCUCGUGCCCAGAAAAAACUUGAAUGCAAGGUGGAAAUGCUUGAGAAAAAUUUAAAUUCAAUGAGUCAAGAACUCUCUCUGUGUAAGCAGGCAAAGGAUGACAUAAAUUCUGCUCUGUUGGAAGUCACCAAGGAGAAAGAUGAACUCAGCAUUCAGCUGGAAGAUUUGAAAACUGCCAAAGUGAAUCUAAUGUCUGAGCAGAAAGAACUUAAGGACUCUAAAUAUGGUCUUGAAGUGAAGGUUGCACAGAUGAAUGCCAAACUGGUUAUAGCUGCUGAGCGGGAAAAUGAAUUAGCUGAUUUAGCCAAGAAGCGAGCCUCUGACUUGGAUUCUAUGACUCAUAAGUUUUAUGACAUGGAAGUAAACUGGAAAAAAUCACAGAAAGAACAGAAGAUGAUUGAACAACAGCUUAAUGACGCCAUGAAAAAGAUAACUGAUGCCAAAACUCUGAAGCUUGAGAAAAAUGAUCUAGAAGAUCAGGUAACUGCUCUGAAACAAUCUCAUGAAAACUUAGAGAAGCAGUAUGAAUAUUCUUGUUCAACCAAGAAGACUCUUGAAGAUAAACUUCAGACUUUGCUAGAUGAUAAAAAGUCAAUAGAACUGCAACUCAAAGACAUGAGUCGAAAGAGAGGUGAUCUUACUGCAGCCCUUGAACAAGUUACUCAUGAAAAGGAUUCAAUAGCAUCUGAAAAGAUUGCUCUUCUUCAAGAAAAAGUACGAUGGGAGUUGGAAUUUGAAGAAACCACUAAGCGUUUGGAAGAGACCAAAUCACUUGUUCUGAAGGAAGAAACAGAAAAGAGAGAGAUUCAAGACAAGUUAGCUGAAGCCCUAGCUGCCAAUGACAGGUUGACAUCACACCUCUCCAUAUCAACUCAACAAGAAAAUGACUUGAGUAAUCACCUGGCAGAAAUUUCCAAGCAGAAGAAAGCUGUUGACAUCCAAUUGGCUGCAAUUUCCAAAGAAAAGAUGAAGGUUGAAGAUGCUCUGCAAGAAUGUUCUUCUCAACUUGUUAAGACUCAACAAGACCAUGAAAAUUUGAUUCAAGAAUUAAAUGAAAAGUCUGGAGAGCUGGAAAUAUUGAAGGUAGAUUUUUCAAAGCUCUCUAGAAGCAAAAAUGACCUUGAGUCAGUUCUGGCAAAUGAGAAAGCUGAAAAUGAUAAAUUGUUGUACAAUUUUAAUGAAGUCAACCGAAAGUUAGAAUUAGCGCAAGAAGAAAUAUCCAAAGUGAAAGAUGAACUUUUGAGUUUGCUUAAGCAGUGUGAAGAAAAAUCUUCUACCAUUUCUGACCUCCAAGCCGAAAAGGCUGAUAUAGAAGAUGACCUAUGCCAUUAUGUUAGCAGCCUUAAUUCUACCACUCAAGAAAAUGUCUGCAUAAAAAGUGAGCUUACUUCUCUAAAGACUGAAAAGGACCAGCUACUUGUAAAAUACGAGUCUGUCAGCCAUGAAAAGAAAGAUCUAGAGAACAAAUUUGAUGAAGCAGUAAAAGCUUUGGCAACCUCUAAUAGUGAGAGAGAAUCUUUGCUCGUUAAUUUCACAGCUGUUUCAAAGGAGAAAGACGAAAAUUCCAAUGAGUUAAUCAAUCUCAAGAAUGCUUUUGCCCUUGUUCAAUCAGAACUUAAUGACCUGAGAAACAUUAACUCCCGUCAGCAGAACGAGUUGACAGAAAAGUCAUCACACAUCGAACACCUUCUCCAAGAUAUGGAAAAAUUAAAGGAAGACUUUACAGUCAGAAACAAAGACUUGCAAAAUGAUUGUGAUGAGAAGUACCAACAGCUAAGUUUGUUGAGAGAAGACUUAACAGAGUUGCAGACUUGCUGUGACAUUUUACAAACUGAAAAGAAAAAGUUAUCAGAAGAGACAGCAAUCCUGAGAAAUAAGAAUGUUGCUCUUGAAGAGGAAGUUGCAAAGCAUAUUAGUGAGAUAGAGGCUUUAUCUGAUAAGAUUGACAAAACUUUAGAAGAACUUAAAAAAGCAGAAAGUGAUAAAGCAGAAGCACUUGAACAUUUAAAAGAAACUGAAAAUGACCAUAACAUUUCCUUGGGAAAUAUUGACAAAUUAAGAAGAGAGAACGAAACAGUGCUGGAGCAACUUAAACAGGCAGUGACUGAAAGAGAAGAGGCUAUGGAGCAACUUAGAAGCAUAAAUAGUGCCAAAAUGGAAGCAAUUGUGCAACUUGGAAAAGCAGAAGCUGACAAGGAAACGGCUUUACAACAGCUUCUAAGUGCAGAAAAUGCCAAAAAAGAGGCAUUGGAGCUAGUGAAGAGAGUUGAAGUUGACCGAGAAGAAGCUUUGAAGCAACUCAAUGAAACAGAAGGUGAAAAACAAGAGGCAUUGAAACAUUGCAACAAAGCAGAAGCUGAUAAGAAAGAGGCACUGGUGUGGGUGGAAUCAGUUGAAACUGAGAAGAAGGCCUUAUUGUCUUGCCUUGAGGCUGAAAAGAAGCUGAAAGAAAGCUUACUCUGCACUUUAGAGGAAAAAGACAAACUUCUUAAGGAAUUGCAAGCUAAUGGUUCUACAAAAGAGAAACUUCUUUCAGAUUACACUGAAAAAAUGUUGCUAUUGGAACAAGAAAAAGAAAAGCUUUCAAAAGAACUGGAGUUAGUUUUAUCCGAAAAAGAUAAUCUUGCUGCUAACAUCAAUCAAGAUGUUGCCCAACAGAUAGAAGCUCUUACGAAUGAAGUUGAAAGAGCUGCCUCUGAAAAAAAAUUGUUGGAAAAGGAGGUAAGUGACUACUCAAACACACUUAGAAACACUGAGGGUAUAGUUGAAUCUCUCAAAGAACGUAUCAGUGUAAAUGCUCAAACCAUACAGGAACUUGAAGCAAAGGUGGUUGUUUCUACGGAGGCAGAAAGGAGACUUCAAAGCUUGUGUGAAAUGAAAGAGAGUGCCUUACAGCAAUCUAAGAAAAGUGAAGACAUGAUACAGAAACUCCAAGUUACGUCUCAGCAAUUAAAAGACAAGCUAGAAAAGGCAGGGAAAGAAAAUGAAGCACUUCUAGGCCAAAUGUAUGAGUUGCAGGGAUCCAUUGAUGUGAAGGAAGAAUUGCUCUCUGAAACACAAGCUUGUGUUGAAAAGUUAAGGGUGGAGAGAGACUAUUUUAGAGAUUUGGUCACUGUGAAAGAGCAAAUAAUCAAUUGCCAAAAAGCAACAGCAUCAUCCCUGGAAAGACAGUCAAGUGAUGAGCUGGAUGUUGCAAUGAAACUAUUGGAAGGAGAGUUGCAUUCUUCCCAGUCCACUUCAGAAAUGAUGGCCCAAGAAUUACGUAAAGUUCAAAAAACUUUUGAAGAUGAGAAGAUAAAAUUGAAAGAAGCUUUAGCUGAAGCUCAGUCUACAGCUGAGAGUUAUCAGAAGCAAGCUGUUGAGUUGAAGCAGCAGUUAAAAGCGCCUCACACUGGAGGGAAAAUAGCUGAGGCACAACAAGAAGAAAGUCAGUGGCAAUUGGAUCGUAUGAAACAUCAUUUAGAAUUCCAAUUUGACACAAUGAUGAACCAAAAACUGGAUGUAGAAGACCACCUCAGUAUAUUGCAAGGGAUUAUCAAAGAAGCGAGCUGCAUGUGCGAUAAUGUCUUUGCUGUGCUCCCUCCCAACUGUGAUGCUGUUCAUGAAGUUACUGUCAUGAGAAAAGAAGUUGAAAUGAAAUUACGAACUGUUGAUAAGAAGUAUGCUGAAAGUUUAUGUGGCAUCAUCUCUCUGGCUAAUGAAAUCUUUAAAUUCAGUAAGAAGCAAACUGAACUGACUUUGAAUGAAGAUCAAGUAAAUUCUUCCCUGUUAGCUGAACGGGAUAGUAUUGAAGCUAAGAUUUCAAAGUCAUGUGAGGGUAUGUCAUCUUUGGCUUGUGAUGUUAGGUCUGUUAUCAAUAGCUGCAAGUUCUUGAUAGAAAGAUGUGAAAGCUAUCUUAAAGCUCAAACUCGUGAAUCCUUGAAGAUAAAGACGUCAUUUGGUAAGGAUACCGUUGAUGAUGGUUCCACUGAAAAUUCAUCUCAAAAUGAUAAUUCUGGACCUUUCAAACAAUCUUCAGCUGAAUCAAUCAAAGCAUGUAGGCUGACAGCUGAGUCCCAAGUGAAAUCGAAUUGGUUUGGCGACACUUCUAGCAUUGAAGAGGGCUAUCACCUCCUUGAAAGUUCUCACUCAGAACUUGAAAAACAAAUAAUCGACCUGCGCAGUCAACUAAAGGAGCUUCAGAUGACUGUCACUCAAGACUCUAAUAACGAUGAACUUUUGAAGCUGAAGACAGAAAUAAGUGAUCUAAGGCUCCGUCCAACUCAUGAACAACUUGAAGAAAAGCUGAAAGAGCUUCAUGUGCAGUAUUCAAACAAACUUGAAAACAUGAAACUAAAAAUGAAACAAAUUGUCAAAGAUGAAGUUAAUAAAGUUGAAGAAGAAAAACAAAAAUCAGAAAAAGAUAUUGUUGCCAAACAUAACAAAAGAAUUACUGAAUUUGAAGAGCAUGUGCAACAACUGAGUGCACAACUGUGGAAGUUGGGUGAAAAGUUGUUGCAAGAGCAACAAGAUCACAAAAAUGCCAAAGAACGUUUGGAGGCUUUGAAGGAGCGUCAGCGUCAAUACUUAAUGUCAAAGCAGCGCACCCAAUCUCUGGACCGAUUGGAUAUGAUGUUACAAGGAAGUAAACAAAUCAGCUCGACCUCGCAGCUUAAAAGACGCUGCAACAGUCAAGUUACCCAGGGGGGGCUUGCUUCUGCCAAAGUACAUCCUGUGAGUGACAUCUCCCCUGAAGUAGAUGGGAAUACCUCAAGAAGGUCAACAAUGAUGGCUCCUGCAUCCAUGGGUUUGGCCUUUCCCGAAGAAGAUGAAGAUGGCGAAGUAUUCAACAAUGAUUACCUAGCCGAGUUAAAGGAAGGAAAGUGCAGAGUUCCUCUUGAUGGUAGCCGAUUAAGUGAACUUCAGUACAGAAAUUCCUUGUGCCCCCCUCACUUGAAAAGUUCCUAUCCUGCAGAAACUCAGUUUCAAGAUCCUCAAUUGUGCAAAGAUGAAGACAUUAAGGGUGCAGAGGGGAGACUAAGACGACAAGGAAAAGACAAGCAGACAACUUCUUAUAAAAGACCUGGUCCUCCCACUCCUAGUAAGAAAGCUGGCAGACUUUCACUUCAGGGAAAAGAAGAUUUGACACCGCGGGUAGCUGCACUUCGUGAGCACAAUGAGUCAAUGUCAUCGCAGGGUACAGGAAUGUUGCGCGUUGCUAAAACCACUCCAAGCAGGUUGAGGGCCCUGUUUACUAGUAGCAAGGUUGCUAACGCUGCUACUUUGCCAGUCACCAAGAAAGAAGAGAUUUCUACUCCUGCAACACCUACUUCAAAGCGUCUCAGCAUCUUUAGAAAGCGGUUUGGUAGCAACAAAGAGAAUCAGAAUGCAUCUAGUGGGUAUGCAUCAUUCCACUGAAAAGGCAACCAGUACUUGUUUCAGUAUUCUGUCUUGACGAAUUCCUUGUGUUAGUACCUAGCCCAUUGUGAUUUGUUGUACAAAUUUUUUACUUUUUUAUGUACUAUGUACACAAUGUUUUUAUUAUCUAACAAUUUCCACACAAGUAUUAUUUUUUAUAAUGUAAUAAAUUUGUUAACAUCCAA